AUGAAGACGGUCAUUGACACCCUAGUGAAACUCGUCACGUCUUCUUUGCUGAACUGUACAGAUGUAGCUGUGCCGCCAUCAGAACAUUUUUUAAGCAACUUGACGCCCCCCUACAUCAUCACGCUUUCAAUAUGUUCCGUGGUCUGCAUGGGAACAAUUGCGAUGGGGGCCCUGCAGGUAAUGUACACAAUGUUCUACGUAGGCCACCGUGACCGGCGAUUGUUCAUCGCCUAUUUGGCCAGUACUGCACCGUUUGUCUCGGGCCUUUCCUUGUGUGCGAUGUAUAUGCCUCGCGUCUGGUUCCUCUCCCAUCUGAUCAGCUUCCUAUACUUCUCCGUGGCGUUGUGGAUCAUUAUCUGCUUGUUGAUGCAAAUCUUCGAGGGCCACAAUUCGUUGGUCAACAAGAUGCACGAACGCGACAUCGCGAUUGACAUCUCUACCCCGCCAUUCUGCUGUGUGUUCCCAUGUCUGCCAAAGGUCCAGCUCGAGGAACGAAAAAUCCGUGCUUGCGAAUGGUUGGUGCUGCAGUGCCCCUGUGUUCGGCUGGUAGCGACCCUAAUCUCCCUAUUCAUCUACUUCGAGUACGGCAAUGACGGGAUGAUACCCCUGAAGGUGCUCGAUUUUGUCGCGGUGCCAUCUGUGCUUCUCGGCAUCUUUGGGAUGCACGUGCUGGUCACCACCGUAUCGAACCUGGAUGAAUUAAUCAGCUAUCGCUACAUUGUCGUAUUUCGUCUCCUAGAUCUGUUUUUUAUGUUCUUCGGCUUACAACAGCCUGUCUUUGACUUCCUUGCGCGCUAUGGUGCCUGGGGAUGUGGCGUCGUACUGCCACCCCUCGAAACUGCCUUUUGGUGGAAAAACGCCUUUACCGUCAUCGAGGCAUUUUGUGUCACGCUCCUCGCCUCAGUUUUGAUUCAACCGAAGAGUUCCGCGCUCUUCGACAAGCAUCCUUCAAUGCGAUCGAUGGGCUCCUCGUUGCACACUGUCGAAGAAACUAUCGAUGACAACAAGGAGACAGUUGCG